CGCACUUCAAAAUAUAAAUAAAAAAUUGAUUAAAGCAAAUCUUGUCCGAGAAAACUCGAUUUCAAAAUCUCAGAAAAAAAUCGAGUUAGAAAAUUCAGGAGAAACUCCGACCAUGGAAUCGGAGACGACCACCACCAAUCCAUUGAAUUCUUCCACCACCAACUGGUCUAUUUCCCGCGGUUCUCUCCUAAAGUCAAUCACUUUUGACUCAUCUCUUUCUCCAAUCGACGGCGAUGGAGAUGGCGAUUGCGAAGACCUCAGUUCAAGUUCGAAUGACCCUCUUGUUCUGAAACCUUCGGUGUCAGAUUCAGGGCCAUGUGAGAUCACAAUUUGUUUUGCACAAAAGCAUGAGGUCCAGCAGAUUUAUGUUAGGAGCACUGCUCGAGUGUAUGAGAUAUAUUAUGAGUCAAACCCACAAAACGGCAAAGAAUAUCUUUGCACUGUUCGGUGUGGCAUUGCUGCUAGAGAUGAACAAGUGCUUCAAGCAAUUGAUAAGGAGGAUGUGGCUUCUGCGUCUUCGAAGGGAGCUUGUGAUGGUGAAUCGAAAGAAAACAUAAGAAACGAUGGUAGUCGAAGCAGUGAAGAUGAAUGGGUAGAUGUUAAAGUCCCAGAUAAUUCUAGGCCAAAGAUCACACAGGAUUAUUAUGAGGCUACAGCACAGAUCAACGAUGCAGAUCCGUGUAUAUCUAUUACUAUUCGUCUACUCUCAGUUCAGAAUAAGGAUUGUGUUUAUGUUGAUGAGGUAUAUGUGUUUGCUGAUCCUGUUGAAUCGGAUGACUCGGAAAAGGAAGUGGAUAAGAAGGAAAACUCUACUGGGAAUUCUCUUAUGACAAUGCUAUUACCUACCCUUAUGCAAAUGUCUAAAACAAAGGGUUCCACCAGAAUGGAAGAUAAACAGACUUCUGAGGUCCAGAAAAAACAGAAUUGCGUUGAAAGUGGAUCAGAAGCAGCUCAGUUUAUCAGCGCUGCGACUACAAUUCAGAGGGAAGGAAAUUCCAGCGUUGCUGAUCGUCAAAGAGUUGAGUUUCGGGACAUAAAUAGGGCUAGUGUAAGUACUGCACAGUUACAGACUCCUGUGCAAGUUUCUCACAGUGAAAGCAAUGAUCAUGUUGGAAGAGCAUUAGACCAACUUUCUUCUCGGAUGGGAAGAAUGGAGAAUUUAUUCUUAAGGUUUGAAGAGAGCUUGUUAAAGCCUAUACAUAGUAUUGAGGCAAGGCUCCACAAGGUCGAGCAGCAUCUUGAAGUACUCGCCAAUAAACAGAAGGAUUCUGAACUGCCGACUUGCUCGAGAUUUUGUGCUCCAAAUUUUUCUUUGGUCCAGUCUGAUUCCAAUUCCAAUUCCUUGAUCAAUAGUGAAAUUGGUUAUGCUCGUUGUGAGGAAGCAGAAUCGAAUAUUAAGAGUGUUCAUUCUGAAUUGCAAACCAACUCAGUUAGUGAUUUUUCUGAUUCUGUUAAUGCUACUCAGUUGCUUCCAAGUCUUGUAGUUACUGCUCCCGAAUUUUCAACUGACGAUGAAGAAGAAGAAAAUUGUGUAUCAGAAACAAUCGAUGAUUCUUCUGUCGAUAAACCAAGGGAAAGAAUGACAGUUGAUGAUGCUUUAGCUUCUGCACUUGCUCGAUUAGUAUCUUCUGUUUCAAUCCAGACAGAAGACCAUUCUCCAACUCUUUCCGUCAAAGCUCCUGAGUUUCCAAGUGAAGAAGAUAUCGAAGAAAUUCGUUUAGGAACUGGUGAGACGGCAACCAUAAAUGUGGUUGAUAAUAACAACCAAUCUGAGAAAACUGUUGAAGAAGAUGAUGAACAAGACCAGCAUAUUGAAAGAGUAGAGAAAGAUGAAGCUGGUUCGGAAACAAGCAAUGGUCUGGUCUGUGAUAAGGAUGAUAUUCAAGAUCACUCCCUCCAAAAUCAGACAGAUGCUAUUGACUCUGAUACAAAACAGGAAGAUGCUACCUCUGAUUCAGUUACUGCUGUUGAAAUAAUGAAAGAGGGAGAAGUUGGUACUGAUUCGAACAACGGACUGGUCCAUGAUAAGAUUGAUGACAUUCCAGAUCAUUCCAUCCAAAAUCCAACGGAUGCAACUGGCUCUGAAACAAAAGAGGAAGAGGGGUCCGAAAAAGACGUUUUGACCGAUAUCGUUGAGCUCCCACUCCCACAUGCUGCUUCUGUGGUGGAUUUCAAAACUUCAGUCCUGGAUGUGAAGUUUCUUUCGCUGAAUAGUUGUGACAGAAACUGUCCCCUCGAAACCCUUUUGUGUGACCUGCCAAAUUCCAAAUCUGAAGAAUAUUUUGUGGAGGAAAGUGAUGAUAUGGAUCCAAAUGAUCAUCAGCACAGUGACUUAAUUUCGGUGGAGGAAGAUGAACCACCACUUGGGCCUGCCACUAACAACCAAAUACAUGUUGACUUUGACUACUGUAGUUUACCAGAACCUUUGAGGAGCAGUGAUGGUGAUGAAUCCCCACUAACUUUUAGUAUCUCCUGCAGCCAUGAAAACUCACCAUACAGUCUCAUUUGAUCAGAGCUGAUUAAGGAAGGGCCAUUUUCUUCUUAUUGGUUUGUAAAUUUGUAUAUAUAAAUCUGACUUUGCAUGUUCUUUUAAGUUCCUCAACUCUUUAAGGCAGUUUAAAAAUUUUUAACUGACCUGCCAAAAAAAUGUUGAGACUAUAAUAUGCUUGAACCCUUUUGGUGUUGUGUUUUGAGUAUCAGUUGACUUGUUUAAUGCUAAAUCAAUAUCAUCACUGUGUUUGUAGAGUU